GUUGGAAGUGAAGGUGAAAACCAGACAGUGCCAUGCACUCGUCUGAAAUGGAGCUGUUUCUGGUCUGCUUGGAACCAAUUCUGCAGUUUUCAGAAUUCAGGGAAAUUCAACAGAUGCAGAGUUCUUCCAGAUGCUUGUCUCGAGAUGCAAAGAACCACUUGAAGAUCAGAUGCCGAAGUGUCUUGAAAGGCCUUCCUCAUGCAGCUCAAAUGCACUACCGCCAGCUUUUCGACUGCGAUGACUGCGACGACUGCUCGGACAGCUCGGACAGCUCAGCUUUUCGCAUUUUGUUGAGGCGUCAGCUUUUGAUCGACGUGGAUGAAGCCACGCAAUUUGGGCAGUGGCGGACUCAAACGGCCGUGGCUCGACUCAUGACAGGCGUGAGUCUGGACGGCACGGACGUGUUUGCCGCGGUGAAACGUGCCUUCCUGGCGAGUCAAGUGGUGUCUCUGUCGAGAAAGAAAGAUGUUGUUUCGUGGAUGCACGUCUUGGGCGCUCUGGAGGAACAGGACCCGCUGCAGGCGAAGCGCCUGGCCGCUGAGGCCUGGGAGGCUCUGGCCGGACACGUCUUCGACGAACUCGACAAACACGACAGGAACGACGCCGCACUUCGACUUGAAGGGCAAAACGAUGCAACCGUUGCAACCGUUGGUGAAGCACUUCCUCCUCUUCCUCUUCCGAGCUUGCUGCUGCUGUGGCUUCAAACAGUUCACUUUGUAAAUGCUUUGGAUGACCAGCCGGACUUAUGGUUGCGCUCUGACUCGUGCAGCGCCUGCAGCGCCGGUCAGCUGUACCGCUGGCUUCAGAUUUUGGAGAAACAAUUGGAGCUUUCGCCCACUUUGGGUCGCUAUGGGCCUUCAGGUGACUCUUCACAGCUUCGCUCUCGGCAUGUUGCCAGAAUCCACGAAAGAAUGAGAGAUUUGAUAUGAUCCGAAUGAUUUCGAAUGAAAAUUCCACGAAUCCAAGUGCGAUUCGAUCUAUUUAGCUUCGGUGAGAAAAUCAUGCUCAUCCACCUCAUCCCAUGUGGAAGCUUUUCCAGUUAGGGAAUUGUGUGUCCAGUUGUGUUGAGAAAA